UGGCUUCCUACAUGCUGUGUUUGAGCUCUGUGAAGGAUGGAAGAUGGUUGACCAUUUUUAAAACCCGUUUCCAGACCCUGCCGCGGCCGUGGUGACAGCGCCCAGGGCCAAACACAGAAGUCCAUAAACGAGGACGGAGACGUAGAGAAAGACAGCGCUGAACAUGUUAAACCACUUGCCGGAGGACGUGCUCUACCUGGUCCUGUCCUUUCUGGACUACAGGUCCCUGAGUCGCCUUGCUCAAGUCUGUAAAACCAUCUGCCACUUUGUAAACCGGGACGCCGUGUGGAGGAGGAUUGCCAAGGAGUUCUUGAACACUGGAAUUACCGGAAACGGGACAGACAUAUACCCCCACAUUCCACUGAAGGAGAGAGUGAAGCUCGCUCAAAAUUGGUAUAAUGGGAUGUGCAAAAUAUCUGCUGCUCUCAAGUGGAAGGUUAAGUUGUUACCGUGGCUGCAGCUGGAUGGGGAUAUUCUUUUCCUGUCUCAGGCAGACAAAAUUGGAGCAUACCAUGUACGACAAGACAAGGGGAGGUUCCUGCGUGAGCCGUUUGCACUUUAUUCUGGCCACCAGGGCGAUGUGUGUCGCUUUGCUCUCACCGACGCCCACCUGGUCAGUGGUGGAAGCGACGGCAAGAUCCUGGUCCACAACAGGAGGAACAGCGCCUCAGUGGAGUUGUCCGGACACAACCAGGAAGUCAACUGCCUGGAUUGCAGAGAUGGAGUCAUUGUCAGUGGAUCCAGAGACCAAACAGCCCGGAUAUGGACCAUGGCUUCAGACAUCCCCAAAGACACAAUUCCCAUGUACGACAGAGUAUGGUCUGUGGCUAUUAGUCCCACGUUGAGCUCCUUUGUGACUGGCACGGCGGGCUGCAAGAACGUUUCCCCAAUUCGCAUCUGGGACGUCGAAAGCUCGGUGUGUGUGUGCAGUCUGGGUUCAGGCUUCCGGCGCGGGGCUGGUGUUUUGGACAUGGUGUACGAGUCGCCAUUCCAGCUGCUCACCUGCGGUUACGACACCUUCAUUCGACUGUGGGACCUCCGCCUCAGCCCCAGGAAGUGCGUUAUGGAAUGGGAGGAGCCUCAUGACAGUGCUCUCUACUGCAUUCAGACAGAUGGUAAUCACAUGAUCUCCAGUGGCUCCUCCUACUACGGCGUUGUGCGGCUGUGGGACAAACGGCAGACGGCGUGCCUUCAGUUUUUCCAGUUAACGGCUGACUCGGCGAGCAGCCCAGUGUACUGCCUGAGGUUCAGCGGCUCGCACCUCUAUGCUGCUCUGGCCACCACCCUCUGCUCCCUCGACUUCACACACAACCCCCAGCACAUCAGAUGACACACACACACACACACACACACACACACACACACACACACACACACACACACACACACACACACACACACACACACACACAGUAGUCAGCGAAUUCAACUUUAUCAA